GAGGAGUGCUCUGUGGCACUGUGGCUAUGGGGCCCCGUGGGUGGUGGGGCCCCGGCCUCCCAGUCACAUAGAAGAGGUGGGGAGCCGAGAUCUGCUCCUGGCGUUCGGUUGGGUGCUGUCAUCUGGGAACCUGCUGGACUUCCUGCUGGCAGAAAAGUUCAUCAGUUAGACAUGCUCUCAUCCGCACCAACGGUCCACCUAGGUCUGUUACCUAGACAGGAUGACAUUGUGGCACGUGGACCAGGAGUGGAUGCCACAGUGAUGACAGAUCAGGUACUACAGGCACUGCAGUGGCAAUAUGGAAAACUGAGGCUCCAGUGGAAGAGCUUACUUUCAGCCCAGGAAGAGGGGUCCAAAUACACUCAUAGGGUCAUCUCCAGUAUCAGCCCCACUGCUGUCUGUCAGCCUCAUGUCACUGGUUCCCUUCACAGCAACACGACAUCAACUGCACUUGACAAGGAGCUGGAGCGGAUACAAGUGCUGAAUGGGAUUCUGGAGGCGUAUCUGGAUUGGAAACUCCACGAGCCUUUAUUCUGGUGCUGGAUGGACAGCGUGAUCGACAGCUCCCUCGCCGACGUGUCCGAAGUGGAGCCUGCCGACUGGCCACCUGGGGAGCAGGCUGUCACGGUAAGGUGUCCCCACGGCGACAAGACCAGGAGAGCCGUCAGACGACUUGACAAGAUGCUGCUAAGGCUGCAGACAGAACUGAGAGCCAGAAGAAUAGAGCAGUCCACUCUCACACUCACCUCACAGGGGGGACGUCAGGGGGCUUUUCGGCUCUCUGAUAGGCAGAGAAUGGAGGUGGAGAAGAAGGUUGCAGGCUAUUUAGAGGGUCUACAUCUUAAUAACACCUCCGCAAUCAUAUCAAGUGGCUUUUUGCCAUGUCUCAAAGAUCCACAGCCCACAAAGCCACCUCACAGGUUCCACAACGGAGAGACUGGCCUGGCAGUGACAGCUGGGAAGCUCCAGGCAUCGACGGCUUUGGGUGAGCUGAGGGAGAGGGAGGCUGUGCUACAAUGGCAGCUGAAGAGAUUGAGGCAAAAUAUGAGAGUGGAAUUGCAGAGAUGGGCCAGUACAAUGGAGGGGGUGGUCCUCAUCCCACCAAUUAAGAGAUAAACACACUUUUUGUGUCAUUGUAUGCACUGGGAUCCUGACAUAUGCUGCAUUUCAAGUCCCUAAAUAAGGUGACCAUAUUAGACUUACCUUUUUUCUGGAGUUCUGCAUUAAAUAGAGAAUCUAUUUUUUAUGUAUUUAAAAAUGCCUGCUGCAAUGUGAAUGCCUGUCUUUGGAGAAUAAAGAAACUCAAGGGCA